AUGGCAAAGAAAAAAACCGCCACCGCCACUACCAACGCAGCAACAAACAAGAUCACAGUCACUUACACGGACAACAUCACCGCCCCCACUAAAGGUAUCGCCGCAACCACAACCACAACCACAACCACUACCACCACUUACACGAACAACACCACCGCCCCCUCUACAGCUAUCGCCACAACCACAACCACUGCCACUACCACCACUUACACGGACAUCACCACCGCCCCCACUAAAGCUAUCGCCACAACCACAACCACUGCCACUACCACCACUUACACGGACAACACCACCGCCCCCACUAAAGCUAUCGCCACAACCACAACCACAACCACUGCCACUACCACCACUUACACGGACAACACCACCGCCCCCACUAAAGCUAUCGCCACAACCACAACCACUGCCACUGCCACUACCACCACUUACACGGACAACACCACCGCCCCCACUAAAGCUAUCGCCACAACCACAACCACAACCACUGCCACUACCACCACUUACACGGACAACACCACCGCCCCCACUAAAGCUAUCGCCACAACCACAACCACAACCACUGCCACUACCACCACUUACACGGACAACACCACCGCCCCCACUAAGGCUAUCGCUACAUCCACAACCACUGCCACUACCACCACUUGCACCGACAACACAGAUGCCACACAAUAUGAAUUACACAUUUCACGAGAAAAUCUAGCAGCCAUCCCGGAGAAGGUUCAGGUAUGUGAGGGCGAAGAUAGCGACAAGUUGAGGGAUGUGACCAUGACAAGGCAGCAGGAUGAGCUGCACGCCGACUGCCGGGUGCGAGAUUCGAACCCGUGCCCGCGGAGCCGUAACCAGACACGCUGA